GUCAUCAACGACAUAGCACCACAUCUCUUAUCGUUCCGCUUACCAUUCGAAUUCGACUCCCGAAGAUCAGCAGGCGCGUGGUGCACGCGUUGCUCCGAAAACAGAGCUCCUUGCGUUGAGAUCAUUCCUCGAUACGAUUACCCUUUAGCAAUGGCGCAAGGCUCUGGAGCACAGGUGUACAUCACCAAGCCUGUCUUCGCCUUCACUUGGGACAGCUUGUUCCCAGACAAUCUGCCAAAAGCUCUCCCACCACCAGUCAACGAACGAACCAUCCGGGCACCAUUCGGCAUCGAUAAGGACCUUUACAACUUUGCGCUUCAGCCAUGGAUACCAUUCGCCUUUGCGGCGGUAUACAUCGUCGCAGUCUUCAGUCUGAAUGCAUACAACCGAAGGCGAGGCAACAGGCCAUGGGCCAUUUCGCGAUCACCGCUCUUCAAGUACUUCGUCGUUCUCCACAAUGCGCUUCUCACAAUUUACUCCGCGGCGACCUUCUUGGCAAUGUGCAGAGCCAUCGUUCACUCAUGGCCUGAGGGUGGCUUUCAAAACCCGAAUGGUCUGGCUGGCAUUGCAGAUUCGCUGUGCAAGAUUCACGGACCGCGAGGACUGGGCGAUGCUGCGACGUACAACACUACAAUCAACAUUUGGGAAGUCAAGAACACGGCUAUACAUCUUGGAUAUGAUAGCAUGCCAGACCCGACCGAUGUGGGCAGACUAUGGAACGAAGGUCUUGCCUUCUGGGGCUGGUGGUUCUAUGUCAGCAAGUUCUACGAAGUCAUCGAUACCUUGAUCAUUAUCGCCAAGGGCAAGAGGAGCGCAACACUGCAGACAUAUCAUCACUCUGGUGCUAUGCUGUGUAUGUGGGCUGGCAUUCGAUACAUGAGCCCACCGAUCUGGAUGUUCGUGUUCGUGAACUCGUUUAUUCACGCUCUCAUGUACACUUACUUCACACUAUCUGCCCUGGGGAUCCGAGUCAACCCAACGAUCAAGCGAACCCUCACCACGAUGCAGAUUGCACAAUUCUUGUGGGGAGCUUCGUAUGCUGCGGCACAUCUCUUCGUUCAAUACGACAUCCCAAUCGCAACCCCAUACCAAAUCGCUGCCACCAUACAAUCUGCUGCCGCAAGCGUCACUUCCGCUGCAUCGGAGACUGUAUCCACUAUCUCGAAAGUCGUCGAAUCGCCAGCUGCGACCGGAACUCUGGUCGCUCUCGCAAAAAAGCUUCUACUCCGCGCUGUUGGUGCUGAGGGCAUUGCUCAACUUGUCACUGAAGACAAGGGUGGACACAUCCCUGCAAAGAUCGAAGAGAAGAUUAAGGACUUCAAUGAGCGCAGCCACGCACCACAGUACGAGACGAGAUGGCGGACCGACUGGACAAAGACGAACUGCAUCGAUACCUCCGGCGAGGCUUUUGCGAUUUACCUCAACCUGCUCUACCUUGCACCACUGACUUGGCUGUUCGCUCGAUUCUUCAUCAAGGCUUAUACUGGUCGCGGCAAGCCACGCCGUGCGUCGCAUGCUGCAAAGCAGAUCACACAGUCUGGCCGUACUGCUGCGGAGCGUACUGAUGAGACUGUUGAAAAGCUAGGCAAAAAGGUUGAAGAUGGCAUCAUCGAAGCUGAGGCGAAAGCGAAGAAUGUCGAUGUCAACAAGGUGCAUGAACAGCUCCGCCGCGACUUGCAAGCUGUUAAGGAGGGCACAUUCCGAGAUCGCCGGGUUAGUGACCAUGUGCAGAACUUCGAGGACAAGGCCAAGUCUGCUGCGGAAAAGGUUGCUCAGAAUGUCAAGGAUGGUGUUGAGAAGGCAAAGCAAGAAGCCAAGAAGAUGACCAACGGUACUGGUAGUCCCAGGGGUAACUCUCCUAGCAAGAAGAACCAGGCCACUCCAAGAUCUGGCUCGCCAGUGAAGAGGAAUGGUGGCGCUCCAAGGACUCCAUCGCCCACAAAGAAGAGUCGGGAAACUGCAGCUAGCCGCACACAGACAUCAAAGACUGGUGGGAGUGUGAAGGGCAACAAAAAUGGAGGUAACGGCGAAGACAGCAAGAAGCAGCAGGUCGCCCAGGAUGCAAAGACCAACCCACAAGCUUCAAGCGAGUCGGCAGCUAAGCAGGACGAGAAUCUCGACCAAACCGAGCCUACACGAGACAAUGAGGCCCAAGGAAGCCAAGGCAAGGAGAAUCAGCCCCCAAGCAGCGGUGGCGGUAUCUCAGCGCAGCUACACGAAGGCCUGACGUACUCAGAGGCUGUCAAAGAGAGCGCUGACUCCGCCGACGAUGGUGACAAGGACUUUCCUCCCUCGUCGGAAUCGCAAAACGAGCUUGCAUCGAAGCAAGAGGCAAACCUUGCCGAAUCACAGCCCACACGUCCAGACCCCAGCGACUCGGUCGCGAGCAUAGCAUCAGACACUGACGCCAUGGGCAAGUCUGGCUACAACGUGCAGAAGCCCGAGGCAGGCAACAACAAACCGCCCUUCGUGGUGUCUGGCAGGAGCUGA